AAUUUACUUAAAAAUGAUAACUUCCCUGAGGAUAAAGCCAUCGAAACUUUAAAGCAACUUCAAGAACAAAGCAAUGACUGGGACAUGCAACACAUUUGGAUAUAUUGGAAUAAUAAUCGAUAUAAUAAAAAAAAAAAAGUUUUUUCCAAUAUGUAA